AUGUUCGGUAAGCUGUGUGACACUUUGGCGCCUGGCGUCCAAACACUUCACGCCCUGAUCACCAGCUCUGAUGGCCGAGUGGCAUCCAAUGCUAUAACACUUCUGGCCGACCUACUCAUACUGACCCCAACGCGCUCCACCGAAACGCAACCCACAAUGCGUACAAGUGCGAACCUGGAUAUGUUUGGCGACCUGCGAAACCAGCAAAUCCAUCGACCUCUGUUACCAUUGAACACACCCCACCAAUUGUUACCUGAGACCGAUAUCGUCUGGACUGAGUUACGGCUCCUUGUCAAUGAGGUGUCAUCGCGGCUCUUGGACAGUCCCGAGGUCGCUGUACGUCAAGGAUCCCUACUUGUUCUAGGCAACGCGUUGUAUCGCUUCUUCUCAGCCUCAUCUGUGGCGCUUUGUGUUCUGGACAAAAUUGAAGCCAUCCUUCUGGAAGAUGCCUCAGCUCGGCUGCGAACAAAUGCUGCUGGUGUGCUGGGAAAUUUGGCACUCCAUGUGGCCUCAACAACUAUCGACACCGGUAUGACGAACAAGAUUCUCAGCAGUCUUUUGGAGACCGGAUGCCUCGAUGGAGAUCGUCGUGUUCAGGAAGCUUCUUUACACUCGCUGUGCUUAUGGAAUUCGAUGUAUGAGCAUACACGCGAGAUAUUGCUUGAACUCGGGGCCACAGCAAAGUUGCGCAACUUACAGCGUUCUAUGACAAGCGCCGGUGUAUCACGAUUUGGUCGCAAGGUUCUUCCUUCAAGACCUCAAAGUCGACCGAAGUCGAGCAGUUUGGUCACGAACGAUAUAAUCGCCUCUUACGCAUCGGCACUUUGCGAAACUCUUCAAUAAAAGUGUACAGCAUUUCUUCUGCUUCUGCAUAAUCCCCACUGCCGCUUCUAACAAAAUUUGUUGAACGGUGGCUCCACUCCGAUGACUUUUGUGUGAAGAUUCACAAUUACUUCCUGUUAACAUUUGAUGUACUAUUCGGGUAGUUCUUUCUAACUGAUGUGAUCAAUCUGCAAUGUAUGUUUUCAUGCUCUGGUUA